AUGAGCGCUGAAACCCAGAUGCCAAUCAGCUCUCCUACGACCUCUGAUGUGUGGCCGGGCUACACAUGCCUGUUCUCGCAACUAUCAGGAGAACUCCGAAACCGUAUCUACGAUUACAUCCUAGAAGAUGAACCAGCAUCUAUCAUACACGUGCACUAUAACCCUAAUUCGGCACUGCUUUUCCGCGAACGCUAUGCAAAGCACAAGUACAUGGGCCUGACACAAGUCGACCGCAAAACGCGUAGAGAGUUCGCACCUCUGUACGACAGCGGACUUUACUUCCACUUCUCUCAGCUAGCCCGUUUCUACCGUUCGGGUCUCGCUGGCAAGAACGAUGCAUAUCCCGCACUAGUCCGCCUUCUAUCUAAAAUCAGAAAAAGGCCUUCACCAGCGGCGACGGGCAUCGACUCGUCAAACCCAGGUCUCGACGUAACACUCUUAUUCCGACUAGACCCGUAUAACUGCGAUGUCACAGGCCGCUGGUUCCUUGACACAGAAUACAAGAGCCACAGAAAUGGCCUUAUGACGGGCAUCUUAUGCCGCAUGCUCGCGUGUCUACCUUCAUGGUACCAUCUGUUGGAGCCGGGAGCCAUCACCAAGAUCAGCAUCUUGAAGUCUCGCUAUCGGAGUGGCAAGUCGUUCAUCCUCGUUACGUUAGAGCUCGACUCUGAGAUCGAAAUCUCGCGCGCUGCCAUCGUGCAUGCGCAUGUUGAGCGGGCGCUGGUUGCAGAGAUGGAUUUCUCGAUGCCCGAUAGCGGACCGGCGGCGUCGCACAAUUUUUGA